CCAACCGCUCUUUUGAAUCAAUUAAAACCUCAGCUCUCCUUCUUCUUCACGAAACGCUACAGAGCGCCAGGGGUGCGCCGAUUAGACAGCCGCCGCCAGUAGAUGGCGCGAGGGCUCCUCGUCUCUACGCAGAGCAACACCACCUCGCGCCUCAUACUCGCCUCCAUUUCUAGGGUUUCCUCCCCGCCUCGUUUCACCAAAAUCCGUUUCUCUCUCUCCGUUCCUUCCACUAAUCGCUCACUCUGCAGUUGCUCCAAUCGCCAAAAUGAGGCGGUCGACAUGGCGGGGUACAGAGAAGCCUUUGCGAAGAGGAUGGCCUUGGCUGGACUCAAACCUCAUCACCGCAUCGCUCUUGGAGUUUCGGGUGGUCCCGACAGUAUUGCUUUGUGCGUACUAGCAGCCAACUGGAAAACCAACAGCACAAAUGCGGCCAGGCGCCAGGAUAGUGGUUUCAUUGAUGGGCUUUUGGCAAUAGUAGUUGAUCAUGGAUUGCGUGCUGAAAGUAAAGAAGAGGCAAGCAUUGUGUCUCGUCGGGUUCUGGAUAUGGGAAUCAGGUGUGAGAUUACCUGCUGUGAAUGGUUAGAUGGUCGGCCAAAGAAGGGUCACUUGCAAGAAGCAGCUCGUGACAGGAGGUAUCAAAUUUUUCAGAAUGUCUGCAUUCAACAUCAGAUUGGUGUGUUAUUAAUUGCUCACCAUGCAGAUGAUCAGGCUGAGUUGUUCAUUCUUAGACUAUCUCGCAACAGUGGUGUGCUUGGACUUGCUGGCAUGGCCUUUGCCUCUCAGUUGUACCCUACAUAUCCAGAUUCUACUGAUGAAGCUUCAAAUAGUCAUGGUAUUUUACUAGUACGACCGCUCUUGGAGUUCUCAAAAGAGGAUAUGUACAAGAUUUGUCAAGGGGAUAAUCAAGAAUGGGUGGAAGAUCCAACUAAUCAAAGUGCAUUGUUUGCUCGUAAUAGGAUCCGAAUAGCAUUGAAGAAACUUUCGUCAUACAUGUUGAAUUCUGAUAUACAAGCAGUCAUUUCUGCCUGUCGAACAACACGCUUGUAUGUUGACCAAUUUUGUGAUAAUUUGAUAAAUCAGUCAGUGACCAUCACGGCACAAGGUUAUGCUGUUAUUGAUUUAGAGAUUCUCAGUCCAUCAAAAAUCAAGGACAUUUGUCUCUCAAAAUUUGUUGCCUUGGUACUGCAGUUCAUCUCACAGAGGCACAGACCAGUUCGUGGUAGUGCUUUAAAGUCGCUGUUGGACUACUUUCGCACUUUCCCAUGUAAGACUUCAUUUACAGCCGCUGGUUGUUACCUUUGUCCGGCUCCUGGCUCUAAAGGCACCAAAGUCCUCGUUUGUUGCUCUGUUGAUUUUUCUCUGCCUUCGAAGGUGGAGUUGUUCCACAAACUCUCGGAUCAAGAAAAGAAGCAAUUUUUUCUGCCUGAGGUAGUACAAAUUAUAGCAGAUGGAAAAUCACAUGUAGAUCACUUGGUUGCAGAUGCUUCAGAAGUGCAUUUUCUGGAUGUAACAUCUUCCGAGUCUGUUUUACUUGAAGCAAAAAGACACAAUAUUCUUAGCGAGUCUACCUAUAGGACUGUCCUUUCAUUACAGAGAAAUGAAACUAACAAUUUCAGAUCCAAAACCAUAGAGUUAUCAGACACAGAGUUAAAAAAUGAAGUGGAAUCUGUGGGUAGUUCUGUGAGUGAAGCGCUUAAGCCCGGACAAAUUGGUUACUUUAUGAAUAGAUUCUUGGUCAAGUGGGAGUGGACUCAGAAAAUUGCCUUUGAUGCACAUUCCAUAGCUGGGGCUACUAGUGACCUGAAUUUGGGAAGAGAGAGAAAGGGUUGCUAUUGGAGUUCUUGUCUUAUGUGUCAUAACAAGGUAGCCGAGGUGUGCCUCAUGGUUGAUGCACAUUGGAUGUAUCUUGCUGAGCUGUCACAGGGUUGUCACUUGGAAAAUUCUGAAAUGCAAAUGGAGCAAUUGAACGGAAAGAUCACCAUGUGUGCAGAUUAUGCACAGAUUUCGGCGCAAAGAGCCCUGGUUUUAUUGAAGACUAUCCCAGUUGCUGCAAGAAGAGGCCUGCCUGUUCUAGUCAAUUCUCUAGGGCAGUUACUAUGUAUACCGAGUAUUGGAUUCAAGCAUUGCCCUUGCUUGACAGGGUCUGCCGUUUUCAAGCCAAGAGUACCUCUUGGAGGAGGCCAUAGUUCAUUUAUCUAGUCUCGUUGAAGGGCUCUCCAUUGUUGUAUAGUGGGUGCUGGCAUGAUACCAUCUCUCAAGGCAGACAGACGCCUAAGCUUUUACCCAUCUCAGCUCACCACUAUGAAGAUGGUUGGCCCCUUCGUCACACAAUUCGGGAGAUACGUGUUAAGAACGCUCACUAUAUUCGCGAACUUAAUGUGCAGGUAUAGCACUAGUUGAUAUUUGCAGUCAGCGAAUUGCUUCUGUUUGAUUUAUGUGUUCCUGCUUCAUCCAGUUGAGGCGAUUUUUAGUGGCGCUCCAUACAUGAGCUGCCUCUUACGGUUCUUCUUUAGACGGACGUACAACUGCAAGAGAUGCAAUGAACUGAUGGGAUUUGUCAUGGAGACCACGGCACAUAUCAUGUCAAAAUAGUUGAUAAAUUAUUUUUCUGUUACAAGGGGUAGUAAUUUUAGUUCUUUUUUUAACACAUGACAAAAUCCUCUUUCAUGUAUAAUCUACCAUGUUACAUCAAUGAAGGUUAAGCUGAUAAUGAGCAAAAGUAGACAAAUUCAUUGGUUA